CGGGAGCGGGCGGAGCCUGCGCACUGCGCCCCGCGGCCCGCGGCCCGCCCGGCACUCCCGCGGCCCGGCGCUGAAGAUGGCGGAGGGCGGUGCGGCGCCCCCGUCCUGCGCUUCCUCCUCCUCCUCCUCCUUGAAGGGGCUGCGGGAGCAGAUGGUUGCUGCAGCCCAAGCCAUUGCAGAAGAAAGAAGAAGCCAAAGUGGCAUUAGCCCUCUUGCAGUCCAGACCUCAAUAAAGACAGCAACUAAACCAGUGAUAGAUGGUUCCAUGCUAAGAACAGAAGAAAGGCAAAGACUGGCCAGGGAGCGUAGAGAAGAGCGGGAAAAGCAACAUGCUGCCAAAGAGACACAGAUCCUUGAAAAGGAGAGAAAAGCAAAACUCCAGUAUGAAAAACAGUUAGAAGAAAGGCAGAGAAAGCUAAAAGAAAUGAAGCAAAAAGAGGAACAACGGAGGGCAGCAGUAGAAGAGAAGAGGAAACAAAAAAUAGAGGAGGAAAAGGAGCGCUAUGAAGCAGUUCUGCAUCGCACCUUGGAACGGAGUCAGCGGCUGGAAACGCGACAGAAGAGAUGGUCGUGGGGAGGGUCUGUAACUCCAGACUCAGAAGGCAAAACAGAACAGCAGAGCACAGAUGAAGGUGGAGCUGGUGCCAGCAAACGCUCGCCCUCCACAGCCAACCUCAAACAGGCAGAGGCUGCCGUGAGCAAAUGCCUGUCCUCGUCUGCAGCUCUUUUGAAUGCCUCAGAUCGAAGUACCACAAAGAGAAGUGCCUCAUUAAACAGACUGAGUAACAAAGUCCCUCCACAUUCCCAGCAGUCAGCACCCAAAGGUUCGCAGGUGGAACAGAAAGGAGGAACAGAAAAGAAGAGGAGCACAUCUUUGAGUAGAAUGAGUAGUAAACCCCAAUCAUCUCCAGAGCUAGAAAAAGUGAAAAAGGAAGAAAAACCAGCUCGUCGCUCCCAGCUCAGUCCCCUGGACAGUAGCGUAAUCAGCCGCCUCCUGGCCCCCACACAGGCCUCCCUAGCUAGGAGUAAAAGUGCUGCUACCUUGUCGGCUGAUGGACAGGACCCCUCAGAAUCUCACCUCUGUCCUCGUUCAGCUUCAGCCAGUUCCAUCAAUUCCCCAGUCCCAGCUCCUAAAGUGCCGGUGCGCAGCCGUAGCAUCGACAGGUUGAAGUCCUCUGUGUCUUCAUCUGAUGCAAGUUCACCUGAUUCAACCCAGAAAUCAGAGACAGAAAAACCAUCCCCAGGUUCUGGCUUGAGGCGCCCUCCCUCACCAUCCGUGUCUGCCCGUAGAAGAUCCCCCUCUCCUGCUAAUUUGGUGAAGCGUCCUCCGUCCCCUUCUGCAGUCAGACAGAAGACUCGCCCACCUUCACCUGGUGUGUCUAAACAAAGGCCACCAUCUCCUACUCCAGUCUCUAAAUCAGCACCCAUCCAGCGCCCAUCUCUCACACCAAGUGUUAUAAACAUUACCAAAAAGAAAACUGAAGCAGAGAGCAAACCAAAGGAUAAGAGCACAGAAGGAGUAGGACAAGAUCAAGGUGCUUCCCCAGCCUUGGAGAGGGAUGCAGGAGCAGCUAGCACAAAGACCAAAGAAGAAUCAGGUAGCAAAACAGUAGCAGGGACCACCACAGCUGAAGAAGCUGCUAAAAUCCUGACAGAGAAGCGACGUCUGGCACGGGAGCAAAGAGAGCGCGAAGACCAAGAAAGAAUUCAGAGACAAGAAGAGGAAAGAAUCAGAGAAGAAGAAAUGGCCAGGAGAGCAACUGAGGAAAAAGCACGGCGGGAGGAGGAGCUCCGGAAGCAGGAGGAGGAGAGGAGAGUCACUUAUGAAGAGCAGCAGAGACAAGCUGAAGAGGAGAGGAUCCGCCGGGAGCAGGAGGAGCAGGAAAAACUCGCAGAGCUCCAACAGCAGAGAGAAGAAGCUGAAGCAAAAGCUCAAGAAGAGGCUGAAAGACAGCGAUUGGAAAGAGAGAGGAUUAUGCAGCAAAAUAUGCAGGAAAGGCUUGAAAGAAAAAAGAGAAUAGAAGAAAUAAUGAAAAGAACACGAAAAUCGGAUCAAAAUGAAUCCAAGUUGCAGAAUGAAGGGAAGUCUGCCUCGAUGGAGGGAGAGGAUAUUGAAGAGGAGGAGGAGCUGGGUCUUGAGAAGACUGAUCAGCCAGGAAAGCUAAAUGGUGUUGACUUGCUCCAGGGCAUCAAGGGGGAGGCAGAGGAUUGUUUAGAGACUGCACAAAGCAUGAUCUCUGCAGAAUCUGAGGCACAAGAUGAGUCAGAGUUGAAGGCCGGUGAAGUGUUCAUGAAUGGAAGUGACUUGAAAAGUGACAAGGAGUCUCUGUCUGUUACUGAGCUAAAGGAUUCCAGCCAUCCUGCAAAAGAAGUGGUUAUUGAUGACUCGGGGAAGUUGGGUGUUCAUGAAGCUGAUCAUACAAUUGGACUUAUUCAGAAUCUUAAUGGAAAAUCUGGUUCCUGGACUUUUGAGGAGUUCAUUGAUGUUGGAGUACAUUCCAAGUCAACCAAACUGAGCUCGGACAGCAUCUCUGCUGGUAACUGUAAUCAAAACUUGAAUGAUGCUGCUACACUACCUUCUACUCCCAAAUUGGCUUUUGAGGAAGAUGGUGCAGUGAAUUCAUUGACCAAACCUAUAGAUGCUUCAUCAGGUAAUCCAAGCUGACUUCCCUGUCUGUCUCUUCCCCCAGCUAGGUAAUUCACCUCCUUGCGUUUUGCUCUCCUUGCCUUAACUACAGCUUCUUGUUUUCAAGGCACUUUUUCCAAUGCGUAGACUGGAGGGAAGGCUCUUUCUUUAGUGCUUUUAACUUGAAUUCUGUCAAAAGGAGUCACCAACUGAUGCCUUUUUAGGGACUGGAUAAGGCCCAACAUUAAGGCUCUUCCAAAGACACAGUUAAGCCCUUGUGAAGUUCCAAACAGCAUUGAAGGUCACAUGUUGUAUUUCAAGGUUUUUCUAAUACAUGUUAAAUGGCACAUGUUACUUUUGAAGAUACAAAAUAGUUUGAAAGGUGUCUGAUGUAACUCUGCACACCAGACCUUUUCACUCCUAGACAGGUUCUGGUUUUGAUGCUGACCUGUGUGGUCUUACAAGGUCUCUUCAGACUCUUAGCAGUGUACUAGCUGGCUCUCUACUUACUGUAGAACAGUCUUUCACUUCACUGAGGCAAGUAGCACCAACCUGAAAUUCCACAGAUGGUUGUGUUACAUUUUGGGAGGAGUAAUAAAGCUGUACUCAAAAUAUUCUGAAUUUUCUGAAAGAGGCAGGGCUGCAUCUCAAGCCACAUGUACUUGAGAAGCCAAGCCCUGAUGCAGUACAGUGCUUAGUGUGUCAGAGAAGCUUCUGGAAGCCAGUUUAUGUAAGACUGGACUUCUCUGGUUGGCUCCCUUUGGAGCCAAACCCCAAAGGGCUGUUUUCACAGGAGAUCUCUUUCCAUGGGAUAAAUGACUGUGUGAUCAGUUGAAGUGAAUGCUAGUGGAAAAACAAGCCUUGCUAUCCACAUUUCCUUCCAGUGAUGUGUAGCACUUGUUUGAUUAAAGUGUAGCACUUUCCUAGACUGAACUGUUUCCUGAGUCUCCUCUGUCACUCUGCGUCUUGUGAAUUUUAGUUCUGUGGUCACACCCUGAUGGAGGCUUCCCUUGAAGCCACAACAGACAGAGCCAUGGGAAUAGACAAAUUUAUUGUGGUUCUGCUGUUCACUUUUUGUUGUGAUCAUACUCAUUAACCUUUUAGUGAAGGAAGUGUGGCCUUUUAAUUUUGAACUUGAAAUUUUUUAAAUGUAAUACAGGUUAAGAAUUCUGUACAUAACUUUGAAAACUAAUAUUCCUGGAAAAAGAAAGAAAACCUACUGUGCUAGUUUUGGACUGUAAGUGACCGAGUGGUUCUGUGCUCACUCCUGGAUGUAGACUGACAGUGAUGAUCGAUGCAUGUGGCGUACACACAGUUAUGAUGGUUAAAUGGUUUUUUUUUUUUUUCUUUGCUUUUUGGACAGAACUGUGAACACUAGAGACCUGGAAAUAAUCUGAUUGCACUUCAGUAAUCCAGUGUUUUCUCAAGUACCGAAGGCCUUGUUUUGAAAAGCUGCUUGUUUACCUUUAUCCAUCUUCAAGUUUGCAAAAAACAACAGGGGAGGGAUGACAAACUUCUAAUUUGCACCUUGAAACAUUUCAGGGAAACUGUUGUGCUAAUGUUCUUUUUUUGUUUGUUUAGCUAGUUGUUCGAUGAGGUUUCCUAGUUCAAGUAUUCCUUGUUUCCCCUUUACAGUAACCUGGUUGAGUCUUUUUUUAAUUAUUUUCAUAUCAGUAUCAUGUAGAACAUGCCACUGGAGGCUCCCCACUUAGCUGCAGACUUUGCAUAUUUCUAAAAUUAUCUUGAUGAAAUAAAAGACUCACUCAGUGUAUGUUAAAGCUGAACUUCCUUUUUAAUGUCUAGAAAAAUGUUGUUGCUUGUUGGUUCAUGUGCUAUUUAAAAAUGCAAAAUUGAAUAUCUUCAAUUUUGAAUGGAGAAGAAAAAUUCCUGAUUAUCUAAUGUGAAAAUAUUGGCAGUUUCAAAAUGCAAGUGUUGUUCCACCACUAAUAUGUUUUGAUCUAUUGGCAAACAUGAAAACAUUUUCCAGCAUGUGCUCUAAUAUAUUACAAAAAUGUUGAGUCCCUAGAUUUGUCUGUUGGUGCAGUUUAAGGUGUUAGGCUUUUAAAAAUGUUUUCCUUUUGAAUUACUUAUUUAUCUACACUAUGGAAGUAUUAUUUUAUUGUGUACAUAACAGUAUUAGACCAUUGAAGUCAUGUUUUGUUCAUGUUAAUUAUUCCAAGAUUUCCAGUUCCAGCUCUAUAACAGUGGCUGCAAGCUGCAUAUAUAUUUCCCUUCCCCUAAAGCCUGCAUUAAAUAAUCUUAUUUAACCUGAAUUUGCCUGCUUUUUUCAGCAUGAAGAGUUUAACGAAGCAUCUUCUGAAAAUUGCUACUAAAAGUAAUAAUGCAGCCUUGUUCUGAUGUCUCCUGUAGCAGAUAGACUGCAUAGGUCAUUACUUUAAGGAGUAGCUCUCUCAAAACCUGCUACAAGCCCUUGGCUGUCCCUCAGUUCCAGGGAUGCAUCCAAGCAGCAGCUGUGUUUGCAGUGGCUUUGCUGGAACUACACCUGUGCUUUCCUCGACACCUCAGCUGCAACAGAGCCCUCAGUCUUCUCCCUCUUGCUGUUCAGAAAUCCUGUAGAACUGUUUUAGACUUUAGAGCAGUGCCUUAGGUAAAAGGAGAACUGUAUUUUUGUAUGAUAGCUGUUUGUUCUGGCAGAGACAAUCAUUCUAACAAAGAUGCCGAUAUUUUUUCUGUGCUGGGAUUUGUUGGAUGGUCUGAUCCAGCCCUGUGUAAAUACGUGUGCACAGUUAAAUAAACUUUGCAGUUGAACAA